AGAGGGUGGGGUGUCGAACGCCUGAGCUCCUGGAUCAUCGAGAAUGAGUCGGUUGGAGACGAAUCGGCGCAAGGACCGAUAAGGCAACGACCAUCCUCAGUGGAGAAGAAAUCGCGGAAUGAGUGAAACAUUAUCCGCAGAGCCCAACUGUGUCGAGCGCCAGGCUAUCCUUCGAGGAGACAACGGCGACAUGCAACUCCCGAAUCCUAUUCAAAACAUGGCGCCUGAGCCUCGGCCUCAUGAGCUGCAGACGACGUUCUCUGAGGAGAAAGACGAUGAUACACGUCGGCUCCGGAAGAUCAGAAGUCUGAGUUCAACUUCUGUCCCGAAAACAGGUUCGGCGAAGAAACGUCGUACGUCCCGGACGGACGCGAUGUUCUGGGAGAUCGACUACCUAUCUAAGGAGCAUCUGACUGGGUUCGAUAACUACAAGUAUUCAGCCAUAGAUACAUCACCGUUGAGCAACUAUGUCAUGCACCCUUUUUGGAAUCAAGUCGUCAAGCUUGUACCGAUAUCGAUCGCUCCCAACUGUCUGACCUUUGGAGGCUUCCUCUUGAACGUGGUCAGUGUAGUUCUGUUAUCGUGGUACGACUUUUCAUUUUAUGCAUCCAGCAACGACCACGCUUCGAGUCCAGUGCCCCUGUGGGUCUGGCUUCUGUGCGCUUUCAAUCAAUUCAUGGCUCAUACCCUCGAUGGCAUUGACGGUAAACACGCUCGGAGAACGGGCCUCUGUGGACCUAUGGGAGAAUUAUUCGAUCACGGACUGGAUUCAUGGGCGACUCUCUUCAUGCCGCUCUGUGUAUAUUCUGUUUUCGGCCGUCUAGAUUAUUCUGCCACUCCGUGGCGGUUCUAUCUGAUUCUGUGGAACGUCCACUACUGUUUCCUGUCGUCUCACUGGGAGAAGUAUAAUACUGGAAUCCUAUUCCUGCCUUGGGGUUACGACGUUUCCCAAGUGUUCCUGACGGCUACAUUCCUCAUCACCUAUUUUGAAUCACACAACUAUUGGAAAUUCACGCUCUUCGGACUUCCGUCUGGUUUUUACAUGGAAACUGCGUUGCAUAUUGGAGCCGUAGGACUCUCGCUGCCUGUCAGCCUAUGGAACAUUUACAGAGCCUUCAAAACAAAGACUCUUAAGCAGAAAUCAUUGUGGGAAGGCAUGCGACCCCUCGUGUCGCCCACGAUCUUCUUCGCCUUAACCACGGCUUGGGUGCUUUUCUCGCCUACCAACAUCCUGGAAGCUCAGCCUCGGGUGCUCUUCAUCAUGAUCGGCACCCUUUUCUCGAACAUCGCCACAAGACUCAUAAUCAAUCAAAUGACGAAUACCAGGUGUGAAAUAUCCAACGGGCUCCUAGUACUUGUAUCGAUGACGCUUGUUGCAGUUUUUCAAUUCGGCUACAGCGAGGUCGCGUGUCUCUACUUUCUUACCGCAUGUGUACUCGUCGCGCACAUCCACUACGGCACUUGUGUUGUGCGACAGAUGUGCGAUCAUUUCCGAAUCAAUUGUUUCUCAGUCCAACGGCGCGAGCCGAAAAAACGCGAGGCCUGAGGGAAGAGUCGUGCCAUCCGUAACAUUCAAUCGCUAUCAUCGUGCUUCCAUGGGCAGUAUAUCGAAGUUUCAUGAAAGGUCCCCCAAGCAAGAUCAUCCAGAUGAGGACGUUAUCUCGUUGUGUUCAAUUUGUUGAGAUUACUUCCCCCCCCCCUCUGGGCAGCCAAAGAAAAGUAUCGGAGAAAUCGAGCGAAUCGCGCUCGUCGAUUGUGUUUGAGCCGAUAUAGCAGUUGCGAUAUGAAUGCCAAAUUAAUGCGAAAAUGAGCAUUGUUUCUAGUCUUUGUAUUAUUAGCAGGAGGAAGACAUUGUCCUUGAGGUCACCACUUAUUUAGAGCUUAGCUAAACGAUGUACAAUCUGCUGUAACUAAUAUGACUUGGGGGUUCGCCACCGGAUCAUUGUGUCGGUCUCCACAGCUUUCCCUGUACCUAUCAUUUGACAAGGAGGCAUGGUUCGAGUUUCCAUUCGAUCCGGCAUCUUAGAAUCUCCUUGAUCGAGGUAUGACAGCGAACAAGGUUGUGAGAGC